AUACGGGAGGCGAGAGGAACUUUCCAGCGCGAGUGAACAGGAGAACAAGUGCGCAAAAGGAAGGACGCUGGAAAAUACCAUCAGCAGCGAUUGGAAAGUUUGAGCGAAGACCACAUUUCCAGACUGAAAAUGAAAUUGGAGGAGGUGUAGUGACCUCUUAUCAGUCGUCUAACAUAGAGGGCCGUGGGGCAAACAGAGGUCUGAACCAAAGAGCAAUUAAACCGGCAAUUACAUCAGAUGGAGGUGGAUGUAGCAGAUGAGAAGCGCCAUUGCACACGCUCAAAAGUUCCCCUGGAGCCAGCCAUACAUGAGUUGUUCAGUGUGUAUGGCUGUCCUGUCGCCAAGAAGAGAAAACCGCUGGAGAGUCAUGCCCUGGAGCCCUUGCCCAAGAGGAAGGUCUUUCUAACAGUCGUAGACCAGCCGUCAAUGGAGAAAUGCUACAAAACGCACAAAAUGGAGGAGAUGGAUGAAAAAGAGGAGGAAGAGGAGGAGGAGGAAGAAGAAGAUGAGGACGAGGAAAAGGAAGACGAAGAGGAACCGGAGGAGGAAUAUACUGACAACGAGGACCAAUAUGAACAGGAAGAGGUAGAAGUGAUUAAUGGAGAAGAGGAAGAGGUGGAGCAGGAAGAAGAGGAAGUGGUGGAGGAGGAGGAGGAAGAGGAAGAAGAUGUAGAAAGAGAGGGGGAGGAUGAUGAAGAUGAGGAUGAGGAUGAGGUGGAGGAAGAUGAGCAAGAGGAUGAAGAGCAAAUUCAAGAAAUAGAGAGUGGCCAUAUGAAUUGCAGUCCCAGCAGAACAAGCCCCUCCAUGGCGAAGGACAACAACAACAACGAUGAAUAUGACAACUACGAUGAACUAGUGGCCAAAUCUCUGCUUAACCUGGGCAAGAUCGCAGAGGACGCCGCUUAUCGGGCCAUGACCGAGUCCGAGAUGAACAGCAACUCCUCAAACAGCGCAGAAGAGGAGGACGAGGAGGAGGAAGAGGAAGAAGAAUAUGACGAAGAUGAAGAAUAUGAGGAUGAGGAAGGUUCAAGGAAAGGUGAGCUGAGUCUAGAUGUGAACAGUGAUGUGGUAAGAGAGACUGUGGACUCUCUAAAGCUCCUGGCGCAGGGUCACGGAGUCACGCUCUUGGAAAACCUCCACGAAAAGCCGUUUCAUGAUGAUGGGAGCGAGAACACGGACUGCAAUCUAAAUGGAAAUGGAUCCAUGGGUAAUGGACUCAGCGGUAACUGUGGUAAACCCACCACUAAUGGCCAGAUGGCAGAGAAAAGUGACGAGGAAGUUUGUCUGAGCAGUUUGGAGUGUCUUCGCAACCAGUGCUUUGACUUGGCACGCAAGCUAAGCGAGACCAAACCAGCCGAGCGGCUCAUCAAUAACCAGCAGGAGAUUCAUCAGCUUUAUCAAGAGGCCCAGCAGCAUCAGCAGCAUCAGAGUCCUGAGGAGUCCCGCGUACUUGAGCGGAAUUACUCUGACAUGGUCAACCUGAUGAAGCUUGAGGAGCAGCUCAGUCCACGCUCCAAGACUUUCUCCAGCUGUGCCGCAGAACACAAGGGCUUCCAGGACUGCGAUGAAGACACCACCUCCGUCACGUCGGACCGCUCAGAGGAUGUUUUCGACAUGACCAAAGGCAACCUGUCACUGCUGGAGAAGGCCAUAGCGCUGGAAACGGAGCGGACCAAAGCUUUGCGGGAAAAAAUGGCUUCGGAAGCAGUCAGGAGAGAUAGACUGCAUUUGCAUGAGGAUGGUUUGAGGCACAGCUAUGCGGAGGAGCGGAAGGCUCGUCUGCACCAUGAUGGCCUAAAGAAGCCCUACUACCUUAAAGAUUCUUCACGGUCGGGGAAAAAAGAGAGUCGGUGUCCAACGCCUGGCUGUGACGGCACAGGUCAUGUGACGGGUUUGUACCCACACCAUCGCAGCCUGUCUGGAUGCCCUCAUAAAGACAGAGUCCCGCCAGAAAUUCUUGCAAUGUAUGAAAAUGUUCUUAAGUGCCCUACGCCUGGCUGCACGGGCCGGGGUCACGUCAACAGCAACAGGAACUCUCACAGGAGCCUGUCGGGCUGUCCAAUAGCGGCUGCAGAGAAACUGGCCAAAGCCCAUGAGAAACAUCAGUCAUGUGAUGGAGGCAAAUCCAACCAGGCUUCAGAUCGUGUGCUCAGGCCCAUGUGCUUCGUCAAACAGCUGGAGAUUCCACAGUACGGCUAUAAAAACAACGUGCCCACUUCAACCCCACGAUCCAACCUGGCCAAAGAGUUAGAGAAAUACUCCAAAAACAGCUUUGACUACAACAGCUAUGACAACAACAACGUCUACAGCAAACGGCACACUGCUGCACCCAAAGUCCACAGUCGGGACACACUGCCCAAAACUGAUGAUGUGAAGCACUACUGCAAGAGCUCCAGUUCGGCGAGCAGCACCACCAGCAGCUACGGGCCCAGCAGCAGCAGCCUGAGCUGUGGAGGAGGAGGAGGAGCGAGAGGAGGAGAGAGCAGCGCCAGCAGCACCUGCAGCAAGAGCAGCUUCGACUACACACACGACAUGGAGGCGGCACACAUGGCUGCUACCGCCAUCCUCAACCUCUCCACCCGCUGCAGAGAGAUGCCCCAGAGCCUGAGUAGGAAACCCCUGGAGAUCUGCACACAGUCUGAUGAUCUGGAUCCCUUCCAGGACAUUUUAGAGGACAGCGUAUACACUACUGAUGUUGGCAUUCCCAGUCCCAAACCAAAAUUUCCUCCUUGCAAAGAAAGCAAAAAGGACCUGAUAACUCUUUCAGGCUGUCCUUUAGCAGAUAAAAGCAUUCGGAGUAUGAUGGCCACCAACUCACAAGAACUCAAAGACAGUGAGUCACAGUGCCCGACCCCGGGCUGUGAUGGCUCGGGACAUAUCACUGGCAACUACGCUUCACACAGAAGUUUGUCAGGAUGUCCACGGGCUCGGAAGACUGGAAUAAAGAUAACACACAGUAAAGAGGACAAGGAAGACCAGGAGCCGAUCAGGUGUCCAGUCCCUGGAUGUGAUGGUCAGGGUCACAUAACGGGCAAAUAUGCGUCACACCGCAGCGCGUCAGGCUGCCCUCUAGCGGCCAAACGGCAGAAGGAUGGCUAUAUCAAUGGAUCCCAGUUCACAUGGAAGGCUGGGAAGACGGAUGGCAUGUCGUGUCCCACUCCAGGCUGCGACGGCUCUGGACACGUCAGCGGCAGUUUCCUGACCCACAGAAGUCUCUCUGGUUGCCCACGUGCCACAGCAGCAAUGAAGAAAGCCAGACUAUCAGGAGUGGAGAUGCUCACAAUAAAACAGCAAACAAGCAAUGGUUUAGACUGUGACGCAGAUGUUAAACAGCUGGAUGAAGACAUUAAAGAUUUAAAUGAAUCAAAUUCACAGGUGGAGGCGGAUAUGAUCAAACUUAGAACACAGAUUACCACAAUGGAGUCUAAUCUGAAGUCCUUAGAGGAAGAAAACAAGGUGAUUGAACAGCAAAAUGAAUCUCUCCUGCAUGAGCUGGCCAGCCUCAGCCAUUCACUGAUAAACAGUUUAGCUAAUAUCCAGCUACCUCAUAUGAAAUCACUUCACAAAGAGGCUCCGGUUAGACAUAACAGCUGUUUACAUCAGAGAGAGCCGAUGAGCGAACAGAACUUUGACGCAUACGUGACCACGCUAACGGACAUGUACACGAAUCAAGAUCACUAUCAGAGUCCAGAGAACAAGGCCCUGCUAGAAAAUAUAAAACAAGCUGUACAAGGCAUCCAAGUCUAGCAUCUCAGAACUUUCCUAAAACAAAGGAAUACUGAGGAAAGAAGACACUUCCAGAAAAAAAAAAAAUUUAUAAUACUCAUAUGGGAUGCCUCAUGCUUUGCUGUUGUAGUUUAUCAAACAGUGUUAAAUUCAUGUUCUUUUAAAAAGUGUUAUGCUGACUAAACAUGGUUUUUCUUUGGGUUUAUUUUUCUGGCCUUGUUUAAAAAAAAUAAUGAUCUGCAAAAUAGUUUUUGAAAGUAUUCACAUUUUGUACGUUUUCAUAUUGGCUAAUGUAAUGUGACUCAUCCUUCUCGCUGCUCAUUGAUGCACCUUUUUAGUGUAUAUUUUUGAACAGUAAUGCACCCAAUACUGAACAUUAGUUGAUGCUUGCUGAAAGAGUGUCACAAACUGGAAAAAGGUAGCCACUAAACAUUUCUGCUCAUCAUAAAGAUGUUUUGUGCCAUUAAUGAAAUGACAAGAGUUUCUUUUUAACAUUAAAGGAAUAGUUCUCCCUAAAAAUAACAAUUUUCUGAAAAUGUACUCAUCCUCAGACAUCCAAGAUGUAGAUGAGUUUAUUUCUUCAUCACAGUUGGAGAAAUGUAGCAUUGCAUCACUUGCUCACUAAUGGAUGCUCUGCAGUGAAUGGGUGCCGUCAGAACGAGAGUCCAAAAAGCUGAUAAAAACAUCACAAUCCACAAGUAAUCCAUUCCACACCACUCCAGGCCGUCAGUUAACAUCUUGUGAAGCCAAAAUCUGCAUGUUUGUAAGACACAAACACUCAGAGAGAAAUAUGCAGAGAUCAAGCACCAUUUACAAGCCAUAUAAGUCAUAAUUCGUAACCCACGGUUCUAAACAAAUAUGUAGGUGGAUUUUGAUGCGAGACAGCAAAAGGAGAGGAACUUUUAUUUGUUUCCUAAAAACAUGGAUCUUUUUGCUUCGCAAGAUGGAGUGGUAUGGAAUAAUUGUGUAUUAUUGUGAUGUUUUUAUCAGCUGUUUGGACUCUCAUUCUGAUGGCACCCAUUCACUGCAGAGCAUCCAUUGGUGAGACACUGAUGCAGUGACACAUUUCUACAAAUCUGUUCUGGUUAACAAACAAACAUCUUGGAAGGCCUAAAGGUGGGUACAUUUUUAGCAAAUGUUCAUUUUUGGGUGAAGAAUUACUUUAAUAUCAGCUAUCAAUGAUGAGGGGUAGGUGUUAAAAACAAAGAUCAUAGAAAUGAAAGCUUAUGGUAGAGACCCUGUUACUGCUUCAAAAUGCAAAAGGAAAUGCUUUGAUUAUUUGUGGCUUCCUCAUUUAAUCUGCAUCAGUGUAACGGCAAUAGUGGCUCUAAACAUCACGUCGUGAUUUGGUCUCUUCUUGAAAUAACAGUAGCCAGAAUGGAACUGUCUCAGCAAUAUAUGACUUAACAAUGUGUAUAAAAAAAGAGAUGCAAUCUAUGUGGUGGGUAUAUGCAAUUUCAUGUUUGUAAACAGUGGAAGCUACAAAAUCUUUUUACUAUAUGUAAAUGAUUGAUUUUUAUAUAAAUCUUUUAAUACAAAUGUUUUAAAGGGACAGAAAGGUGGAAAUUAGGUUUAGAGACGUACAAUGCUCUGAGUUUCAUUUUGUUCCUGUAUACAGUGCUGUGCAGGGACACAUUUGUUUCCAUGCUUGGAUGUUUGUACAGUAUGGAAACUAAAGCAAAAGGUAUCUGUAAAGAAUAUAGACAAUGAAAACGGGACCUACAGGGUUUUUGCCCCCCACUUUUGUGCCAGAAGACUAUUUGCACUUAUCCCACCUUCGGUCGAUGUGCAAUCUCCAGGUGUCUCUUUGGCACGAGGAAGGCAUGAUGACAGGCGUUCAGUGGUUUGAGGAGAUCAGAGAUCACAGGGAUUUGAAAUAUUAAUGAGGACAAUAUCUUUACGAGAAAUAUUGUGCAUUUUUAAAUAACAAUGCUAGUUCGUUGAGUAUGUUCUAUAUCAUACAAAAUAAUCCCCAGCAGCACUUUAUGUCUAAUCACUGUACAAAAUCAUUAAAGUAGUCAAUUGAAAUAAAACGUUUUAAGAGAAAAAAAUCCCACUGCAAUGGGAUCGGUUGUUCAAGUCAGCAGUAGAGUUCGGGGGUGUUGCGGCAUUACGUGAACCCCUAAUUUCCAUUGUACUAUUAGCUGUAGCAACCUUGUUAAUACCUUAUUGAGAGCUAAUGCAAAGGUGCUUGUACUUCACUGGAUCUCGUCCAUUGUACUAAUCAGUCCUUUUUAGGGCUCCAUCAUUCAUGCACAGCAUCACAUCUGCAGCUUUUUGCCAAUAUAGUAAUGCUUUCGAUAGAGAAAUAGCUAGUAUCAGUUUUUGAAUCGAUUAUCGUCAUCGGUACAAUGGAAAUGGGAAUUUAAGCACAAACAUGCUGCUCAUUUACUGUCGGUGCAUAAUACUUUUUUUUUUUAAAACAUAUGUGACUAAUUACUCAACGUAAGAUGAAAGAAGUCACAUAUUCGAAUGCUGAUUUUUCAUAUGAAUUAUUGUGAAUUCAUGAGUUCAUUUAUCUAAAAUUCUUCAUUUCAAGGCUGAUUUGUUUAAUCAUCAAUGAAGACAGGAUUUUGUAUAAACUAUUGUGCUCUCUGUGGAACUGGAGUUUGAUUUAUUUUUGUACGAUACAGCAUGAAUUUGUUUUAAUUUUACUAUAAAUGUGUGAGAUCACAAGUUACAGUGAUUUUUCAUUUUUAAAUUGUGAAAUUUGUACAAUAUUUGUCAUGCUGGAUGUUGACACAUCGUACUCUGAAUAAAGAAAAUGGUGUUGCCACAGACUAGACAUCUUCUAUGACUGCAAAAUAAGUUGACAAUAUAGGUCAUGAAUUAAUGUCUCGUGUAAAUCCUGAUGAGAAGCAUACUACUUCCUCUGAUAAAGGAGUUCUUUUCCUGUAUUUCUGGUUUUGUUAUUCAUGUCAACUAAGCUGACAGUCUGAAUCAAUAAAAUCAAUGAAUCAAUAAAAGAGUA